AUGUCUACUCGAUUGCUGUCGACCACCACAAAAUGUAUUCGGAGUUCUGGUAAGUCUAUUUUUUUUGGGGGGAAAUUUAUGCAAAUCCGAGGGCAAAAUUCCGAAAAAUGUGAUUUUUGGUGCCGAAAUUUCAAUUUUUCCAUCGGAAAUCCUAUCUUAAGGGAAUAAAAAUGUUAAAAUUUUUCUUGAAACAGUGAGAUUUUUUCCACGUGUCAAGUGAAUUAUGCGCUAAAAAUUCCUAUUUCAAAUUUUUUUCAGUCAAAAUUCGCCAAUCAAGAUACAAAAUUGUCUGAAAAUUUGUCUGGAAAUUUUUUUAAUCUGAAAUGUGAUUUUUGGCGGCGAAGAUUCGCUGUGAGAUUAAAAAUUUCAAAAAAAAAAUUAAAAUUUCAAAAUUUUUUGAAACAGUGAGAUUUUUUCCAAAAAAAAAUUGAAUUUUCCACCAGAAAUUUCUCUCUGAAAAUGUUUCCAGUCAAAAAUUUGUCAAUCAAAAUUUUAUCUGAAACAAAAUUGUCUGAACAUUUGUUGAAAACCAAAAUUCAAUUGAAAACCAGUCUUCCCAACAGAAAAAUUGGUUUAAAUUUUCAAAAUUUUUGACCAAAUUUUAUUUGAUCUACCAAAAAAGUGUUGAAUUUUCUCCACAAUUUUUUAUCGAUUUUUUCAUCGAAAAUCAUGAAAUUUCAAAUUUUUGAUUAUUUUUAACACUUUAUUUUUUGAAAAGGUCAAAAUUCCUGAAAUUUUCGAAAUUUUCGACUACAAAAAUCUAUAUUUUGAUCUAAAAAACAAUAUUUUUAGGUCGUUUCCUAUCAAUUUCCUCUUCUUCUUCUUCUGCCAAACCACAACGUGGUCUUAUCAAACAAAUACUAAUCAAUACCAAAAAUAAUCUUCUCUCUCAAAAAAUUUCUCGUCGACAAAUCACUGAUUAUUCGGCAAAAGAUAGUCGAAUCAAUUCGAGAAAUUUGAAGACGAAACCUGACGGAUCGAAGAUGGAUGGAGCUGCUGUCACUGCUGCCGCACUCAAAUCACAGGUCAGCAAGCAUUUUUUUUCGGGGCCGGAAAUUUGGUGGAAAAUGGUUUUUUCUGGUUGGAAAAUGACCAAAAAUGACGUGUUUUGUAACAAAAAUGAUCAGAAAGUUUUACUGUUUCAAAAAAUUCUUCAAAAAAAUUUUUUAAAUCAAAUUUUAUUGAAUACAUCUCUUAUUCUCUCUGUAAGUUUCGCUUGCCAUGUGGAUUUUUGAUCCAAAAAUGUUCCCAAAAUUGUCACUGUUUCAAAAAAUUAUCAAAAAUUUUAUUUUUCCCCUAAUUUUGUUAGUCCUUAAAUUUGAAACAAAAAAAUUCUGAAAAUUUUUGGCCCUAGAAAUCCACGUGGAUAUUUUUUUUGGAAAAAAAUUUGUUCAGAAAUUUUCACUGUUUCAAAAAAUUAUCAAAAAAUGUUAUUUUUGCUCUAAUUUUGCUAGACCUAUCAAUGAAAAUCAAAAAAUUAUGAAAAAUUUUGGCCCACGUGGAUAUUUUUUUUUGGAAAAAAAGUUGUUCAGAAAUUUUUACUGUUUCAUAAAUUUAUUUUCAAAAAAUCACCCAAUCGAGAUUUUGUUGAAUCUUUCCUUUUAUUUUUUCGAUAGCAAAAAGUUUCGUGAAAAAAUUUGAAAAUUUUUCCUGCCACGUGGAUUUUUGGCUGAAAAAUUGCAUGUUAUUUUUUCCUCACAAUAAAAAUCUCACGAAAAAUUGCUCACAAGAAAUUUUCACUGAUUCAAAAAAUUAUGAAAAAAAAAAUUGAAUUUUGCUUUCAUAUUUCAGUUAAUUGAUUCACGAGGAAUUUGUUAAAAAUCCAAGAAUUUCUGAAAUUUCAAACUGCCACGUGGAUUUUUAGCGUGAAAAUUACACGUGGAUCUGUUUUGACACUAAAAAAUCUCACAAAAUUUUCACUGUUUCAAAAAUUCGUAAAAAUUUCAAAUUUUUGGGGAAAAAUGAUGAUUUGGCAUUGGCAAAAUAACUGUUCAAACAAUUUUUACUGUUUCAAAAUAUUCUCAAAAUGGAUUUUUCUUUCAUAUUUCAUUAGUUGGCACAUAUCAUUUAUUAUCAAAAGUUUCUUUAGAAAUCUGAAUUUACGACUUACACGUGGAUUUUCAGCGUGAAAAUUUCAACCAGAACAUUUUUUCUGAAAUUUUCACUGUUUCAAAAAAUUAUGAAAAAAAACUGGAUUUUUCGUUCAGUCAAUUGAAUCAUGUGGAAAUUGUGAAAAAUCCAAGAAUUUCUGAAAUUUCAAACUGCCACGUGGAUCUUUUUUUGGCACCAAAAAAUCCACUCACAAAAUUUUCACUGUUUCAAAAAAUUCGUAAAAACUCAGGAGAACGACCGCGAGAUUUGCGCGAAACGUAUUCUGAAAAAUGGAUUUUUCUUUCAUAUUACAUUAGUUGGCACAUAUCAUUUAUUAUCAAAAGUUUCUUUAGAAAUCUGAAUUUUCGACUUCCACGUGGAUUUUCAGCGUAAAAAUUUCGACCGGAAUUUUUGGUCCAUAAAAAAUUUGUUCUGAAAUUUUCACUGUUUCAAAAAAUAAAUAAAACAUUUUCUUUGAUAUAUUAUUAGUUCUGCAUCAUUUUGAAGAUAAAAAUUCUGAAUUAUUGAACUGCCACGUGGAAUUUUGACGGAGAAAAAUCUCAAAAAAAAACAUAUUCGCAAAAUUUUCACUGUUUCAAAAAAUUAUGAAAAAAAAACUUUUUUUAAAUAAUUCAUUACAUCAUGAAAAAAUGAGAGCUCUAUUUUUUCAAAACAAUUAUAAUUUUCUCCCUGCCACGUGGAUUUUUUCGGGUCCCAGAGAGAAAAAAACCUUCAACCUUUGGACCUUUUUUUAUCUGCUUAUCAGAGAAAAUAACGUGCUAUUUUUUAUCAUAAAUUUUCUGGUUAUCAGGGAAAAAUGAGAGAUGUUUGGAUUGGGGUUUGAAUGUUCAAAAAUCAAAAACUACAGUAGUAUAGAAGAUCUACAGUAAUCCGGAAAAAUCUGGGGAAAAAUAUCUACAGUAACCUCAGGAAGCCUAGAUGAGUCUACAGUACUUUUGAAGAUCUAGAGGAAUGUUCGGAAAAUUCUACAGUAAUAUUUAGGAUAAAUCAGCUACAGUACCUAUAAAAAGUACAGUAAUCUUCAAAUUUCCCAGGAAUUAGUCCAACUUGGACGCGGAAGCGGAAGCGGAAGCUUACUCAUAUUUUUGCAGGGUGUCGAAUACAUGUUCGGCGUCGUCGGAUUCCCAGUAAUCGAAGUCGGCAUGGCCGCACAAGCGCACGGCAUCCGCUUCGUCGCGUGCCGCAACGAACAAGCUGCCGCCUACGCCGCGCAAGCAAUGGGUUAUCUGACCGGAAAACCGGUCGCGUUGCUCGUCGUCUCGGGACCCGGAAUCUUGCAUGCUAUUGGUGGAUUGGCCAAUGCGACUGUCAAUUGUUGGUGGGUUUUUUUCAUUGUUUCAGAAUUUUUAUUCAAAAAAAUGAUGAAUUUUUUUGCUGUGCAAAUUUACGAACAUUUAGAUUUUUUCACUGUUUCAAAAUUUUUAUUUGAAAAAAAAUGGUACGUUUUUUUAACGCUAAUUUAUUAAAAACAUUCUCGAAAAUUGAGAUUUUUCACUGUUUCAAUAUUUUUUGAAACAGUAAUAAAUUUCCACGUGGCAAAAAAGAUUUUGCUAACAAUUUCAGAAUUUUUUUUUUGAAUUCUUUAUUUUAUUUUUUUUCGAAAAGUUCAAAAAAUCUAUGAAACAGUGAUUUUUUUGAACAAAAUUUUAGAUUUCUAGAUUUUUGAGUUAUUUUUGAUUGUGAGGCCAAAAUUCAGGAUUCCACGGGGAAAAUUGAAAAUUGAGUUCAGUUGAAAAUUUUCAAAAUUUUUUGCGACGUGGAGUUUUUUUUCAAAGAUCAAAUCACGUUUUAUAGAAGCAUAUUGGUUCAAUUAUCAUUUUUUUUCAAAAUUCACGAAAAUAUUUGCGAAAUCUUUGAAACAGUGAUUUUUUUUGGACAAAUUCUUAAUUUUUUUUCAGCGUAUUAUUCUGAAAUUCCACGUAGAAAUUUUGAAAAGUUUUGCGACGUGGAUUUUUUUGUUUCAGAAGGCAAAACGAAUUGUUUUACCCGAAAUCUUGAGAACUUCAAAUAUUUUUCGAAACAGUGAAUUUAUUUUUGCUUCAAAUUUGAUGAAAGCUUGAUUGUUCUUUUAAAAAUCAUGAGAAAAAUUUGUGGAAUUUUUGAAACAGUAAAUUAUUUGAGAAUCAAAAAUUUGUAUUUUUGAGUUCUUCGAGUUUUUCAGCGUCAAAAAUUAGAAAUCCACGUGGCAAAUGAUGGAGCGAAAUAAUUUGAAAUUUUUGAGGGAAAUUUCAAUUUUGAAUUAAAAAAAUUUGAAAAAAAAGUUUCGUCAGUUUUUGAUACACAUCUGUGGAGCCCAUUGUUUGCUAUAAAUCAUACAAAAAAAUUGUAGAAUUUUUGAAACAGUAAUUUUUUGUGAAUAAUAUUUUAUACAAAUUAACUGACUUGUUCAAAACUCCUCAAAAAUUCAUGAAUUUUCUGAAACAGUAAAUUUUUUGAGGAGAAAAAUUUUAAAAGAAUAGCUUUUUUUCAAAUCUCAUAUAAUUUCAACGCGAAAAAUCCACGAGUCAAAAUUAAAUUUUCCAUAUUUUUGCAGGCCAGUAAUCUGCAUUGGUGGAACAGCCGACGUUGGUCUCGAAACGCGCGGCGCGUUCCAAGAAUGGUCGCAACAGGAAUCCGUCAAAACGGCGUGCAAACACGUGUCCCGCCCGACAAGCCUCCACACAAUUCCAGCGCAUAUCGAAAAAGCGGUGAGAGCCGCAAUGUACGGUAGACCCGGCGCGGUUUAUGUCGAUCUACCCGGAAAUCUUGUGCUCACUCAGACCGAAGAGGAGAUCACAUUUCCAGCGCAGGUUCCACUUCCAGCACCAGUUUCGAUCCCACCAAUCGCGCAAAUUGAAAAAGCUGUGGACACACUGAAAGCCGCUAAAAAUCCACUAGUGAUUGUUGGAAAAGGAGCUGCCUGGUCGGAACGGGGAGCCACACAAGUUCAACAAUUUUUGACGAAAUCCAAGUUGCCAUGGUUGGCGACGCCUGGUGGAAAAGGAGUCGCGUCGGAUUUGCAUCCGAGAUUCAUCGGACAGGCCAGAAGUUUGGCGUUAAGAGAAGCGGAUACGGUAUUUUUGAUUGGUGCGCGGUUCAAUUGGAUUUUGCAUUUUGGAUUGCCGCCAAGAUUCAGAAAGAAUGUGAAAGUUGUGCAAAUUGAUUUGUGUCCUGAGGAAUUUCAUCAAAAUGUGCUCACUGAAGUACCGCUUUUGGGUGAGUGUUUGAAAACGCAAGAAAAAUUAUUUUCCAAAAGAAUAUCACUGUUUUUUUAAAAAUUCAUAGAUUUUCUGAAACAGUAAAUUUUGAAAAAUGUUUUUUGGUGCUAUAAAAUUCAUGUGGUGAAUUUUGACUUUUUAGGAGAAAAUUUGAAGUUUCAAAAAAAAAUUUCACCACCAAAAAUCCACGUGGAAAAAUUAUUCUUGAAUUUAUUUAGGCCACGUUGAAUUCUUGAAACCUACGAGAUCAAAUAGUAUGGAAAACGGUUUUCUUUGCAAAAUCAGAAAAAUUCAUGGAAAUUUUGAAACAGUGAAUUUUUAGACACCAAAAGAAAAUUUUGAAAAUAGUUUUUUGGAGCUAAGAAAUCCACGUGUCAAAAUUAGAAUUGAAAACUGAAAAAAAAUUCUGCAAUUUUGGAUUUUUAACACAUGGAAACUCAAUUUUUCGGCUGAAAUUUCGAAUUUCAUAACCAAAAUCGACACAAAAUUAGUUUUUCGAGUUUUUCAGUCAAAAAUGAUGAGAUUUUGAUGCUUCUAGAGUGAUUUGUGAUGAAAAUUGACCUUCAGAAGCUGAUUUUUUAUUAAAGAAAUUCAAAUUUUCAUGAAUUUUGAAGAAAAUGAGGUUCUCGAAGCUUAUUUCCUUCAGAAAUCACUCCAGAAGCUUCAAAAAUCUCAUUUUGUCAUCAUUUUUUGACUGAAAAAUUCGAAAAAUUAAUUUUUUGUGGAUUUUCGGUGAUGAAAAUUUGAAUUUUCAGCCAAACAAAAUUAAGUUUCCAUUGAAAAACCAAAAUUUCAGAAAAUUUUCAGUUUUCAAUCCUGAUUUUGACACAUGGAUUUUUUUGGAUCCAAAAAACCGUUUAUAAAAAAAUUCACUGUUUCAAAAUUUCUAUGAGUUUUUCUGAUUUUGAAAACAAAACCAAUAAUCAAUUUAAAGGCUAUCAGAAUUCCACGUGGCAAAAAUGUAUAAAUACUUUUUCCACGUGGAUUUUUUGUGCUGAAAUUUUUUUUUGAAAAUUUAAAUUUCCUCUUGAAAAGUCAAAAUUAGCUUCAUCAUUUGCCACGUGGAUUUUUUUGGAUCCGAAAAAUAUACAUAUUUCCAAAAGUUUCUUUCAGUGUCAAAAAAUUCACUGUUUCAAAAAAUUUAUGAAUUUUUCUGAUUUUGAAAACAAAACCAAUCGUCUUCUCAAAUGCUUCGAGAAUUCCACGUGGCAAAGCAAUUAAUUAAAAAAAUUUUGAUCUUAAAAAAUUCACUGUUUCAGAAAAUCUAUGAAUUUUUCUGAUUUAAAAAAAAACCGAUCGAAUUGAUCGAUAAAUGAUUUGCCACGUUUUCGAAGUUUUUUGAUCUUGAAAAAGUUACUGUUUCAAAAAAUUGAUAGAUUUUUCACAGUUUCCGUGAAAUUAUUACUAUGACGGUUUAUCUUCUCAAAAAAUUCGCUCAUCUCAUUUUUGCAGGAGACAUUGGUGAAACUUUGGCCGAAUUAACACCAAGAUUAGGCGAAUGGCAAUAUGAUGAGCAAAGUGAGUGGUUUAAGAAAUUGCGAGCGAAUGCGGAGAAGAAUCGAGAUGCUGUUGAGAAAUUGGUACAAGAUCAUUCGACUCCACUCAAUUAUUAUGCCGCUUAUCAUCCGGUUGGUUUUGGGAAGGGGGAAUUUUUGAAAGAGUAGCAUUUUUUAGUUUGGAGAGAUUUAUGCAAAAUUUAAAUUUUGUCCCGGAUUUUCAAAACACUUACAAGUAACACAAGUACAAGAAAAUUGGAUUUUCAAUCCAAUUUUGAAGUUUUGAGAAAAUUUUGAAACAGUGGAUUUUUUCAAAGUAGAAAUGGGCUUGAACAAACACAAUUUCCAAGGUUUUCUGACGAAAUAUUUUUGAAACAGUAGAAUUUUUUAAAUGUUGACUUGUGAUCAGAAGUUCAAAUAUAUCCAAAAAUUAAAUUUUUAUCACGAAUUUUCCAGUUCUAAACCUUGGAAAAUUAAUUGAUUCGAAAUUAAAAUAUUUUUGAAACAGUGAGAAAUAUAUAAAUUUUCACAUGAAUUUUUAAAGACUUUUUUCAAAUACAAUCGAAUUUUUCCCAUAAAUUCUAAUAUUUUGAGAUUAUUUUGGAACAGUAGAUUUUUUUUUGAAUUCAGAGAUGCUCUUCAAAUUCAGAUAUAUUUUAAAAUAAAUUUAUUUGAAAAAAAUCACAAUUUAUAUCAGGGCUGAUUCACGAACAAAAAAAUGUUAAAAAUCAAAAAGAAUUCUGAAAAGUGAAUUCCAAGGUCAAUUUUUAUCAGAAAUCACUACAGAAGCUUCAAAAAUCUCGAUUUGUCAUCAUUUUCAACUAAAAAACUCGAAAAUGUUGAUCUACAAUGUUUUUUCGUGAAUUAAUCUUUGAAUGUUAAGCUCUGCCCUUAUCCAAUUAUAUUUCGAAAUGAUAGAUUUUUCACUAAAAAUUUCCAAUGCCACGAAACUAAACAUCAGAAAAAAGUUGGAUUUUUUUUUUGAAGAAAUAUUUUUGAAACAGUGAGAAAUUUAUAAAUGUUCACAUGAAUUUUUGAAAAAUUAUGUCAAAAUUAAUCAAAUUUUACCAACCAAUUUUAAUAUUUUGAGAUUAUUUUGAAACAGUAUCUAAAUUUUUGCAAAGUAGAAAUUAAGUCAGUCGUUCCAUAGUUUCAUCAAACAAAAUUCCAAAGUUUUCUUAACCAAUAUUUUUGAAACAGUAGAAUUUUCUAAUUCAGAAAUAUUCUUCAAAUUUAAAUAAUAAAAAAGCAACAGUAGAGUUUUUACAUGCUAGCAAAUAAAGUUGGAAUUUUUUUUUGAAGAAAUAUUUUUGAAACAGUGAGAAAUUUAUGAAUUUCACAUGAAUUUUUAAAGACUAAUUUCAAAUACAAUCAAAUUUUUCCCAUAAAUUCUAAUAUUUUGAGAUUAUUUUGAAACAGUGGAUUUUUCACUAGUGUCAGCUGGGUCAUUGAUCUAUCGAACAUAAUUUCCAAAGUUUUUUGAAGAAAUAUUUUUGAAACAGUAGAUUUUUUUUUUAGAAUUUUGAUAGAUUUAUCCAAAAAGCGUAUUUUGUCCCGGAUUUUUCAGUUGUAAUUUGAAAAAUUAAAUUUCCAGGCCAAUUUUGAAGUAAUAACCCGCUCUAUAAAAUCCCGUAGGUUUAUAUUGAAUAAAAAAAUUGUUUUUUUGAAGAAAUAUUUUUAAAACAGUGAGAAAUUUAUAAAUUUUGAAAAUUUUCAACUAAAUUUCAACCGAGAGACUAACAUGUACCGAUCAAUUUUUCCCAUAAAUUCUAAUAUUUUGAGAUUAUGUAUUUUGAAACAGUGGAUUUUUGCAAAGUGGAAAUUAAAGCAGUCAUUCAACAGACUCAACAAACACAAUUUCCAAAGAAAUAUUUUUGAAACAGUAGAUUUCAGAGAUUUUUUCAAAGAAGAAUUGAAUAUUCAUAAAACAAAAUUUCCAAAGUUUUCAUAACCAUUUCCAACGAGAGACAUCAAAUUUUCAAUUCAAUUUUGAAGUUUUUAGAAAAUGUUGAAACAGUGGAUUUUUUAAAGGAUGAAAAAUAAUUAAUCAAACAAAACUUCCAAAGUUUUCUGAAAAAAAUAUUUUUGAAACAGUGAGAAAUUUAUAAAUUUUUAAAGUUUCCAACUGAAAAUAUCAAAAUUUUGAAACAGUGAUUUUUUUCUCUUUAUAUUUUCAAUCCAUUUUUCCAGAUCCGUGAUUUCCUCGCAAAACAUGAUGUAAUCGUCGUAAACGAAGGUGCAAAUACAAUGGAUAUCGGUCGAACAAUGAUGCCAUCAACAUUACCAAAAAGAAGAUUAGACGCCGGAACUUUUGGAACAAUGGGAGUUGGACAAGGUUAUGCUUUAGCUGCUGCUCUUUGGGCUCGCGACAAUUCACCAAACACAAAAGUUCUUGUGGUCCAAGGCGAUUCAGCAUUUGGAUUCUCAGCCAUGGAACUCGAAACAAUUGCUAGAUAUAAAUUGCCAGUUGUGACAGUGAUUAUUAAUAAUUCGGGAAUUUAUCGAGGUCUUUUACCGGAAGAUGAUCAACAAGUUGAUGGAGAUCGAACUCUGAAUUUACCGGUUCUUAGUCUAACUGCUGAAUGUAGAUAUGAAGAGAUGGUGAAAGCUUUUGGUGGAGCUGGAAGAGUUGUGAGAAGUGUGCCGGAAAUCAAGGAAGCUUUGGAAUGGGCUUAUCAAAAGACUGAUGGACCCACGGUUAUAAAUGCGUUGAUUUCGACGGAUUCGGAGAGAAAACCACAAGCUGAUCAUUGGUUGACUAGAUCUAAAAUGUGA